AUGCCAUCUCAAACGCUUGUAGGCGUAGUCCUAGUGGCGAUCGUGCUCUAUGCGACCAAGCUCGUGGUCUCCCGCAAAAAGGCUUCUGGGCCUCUGCCUCCCGGUCCAGUGGGGAAGCCGGUUCUGGGUAACAUUGCAGACCUGCCCGCUCCAGGGGAGCAGGAUUGGGUUCACUGGGCAAAGCACAAGGAGCUCUAUGGCCCAAUCAGUUCAAUUACCGUCAUGGGUCAGACCAUUGUGAUCCUAAAUGACAGUCGUAUCGCCACGGAUCUUCUUGUAAAACGUUCUGCGAUUCAUUCGUCGAGACCCAAUUUGGUAUUUGCAUCGGAAAUGGUUGGAUGGGAACACAUCAUGGCAAUGCAAACCUACUCGGACCGAUUCCGUGCUUAUCGCAAGGCGACGCAACCCUAUCUCGGACACGAAACUGCUGUGUCGCAUGAGGCGGGUGCCAUCAUUUUGAAAAUUGCAUAUGGAUACACCAUUGAGCCACACAAGUUAGACCCAUUGGUGCAAAUGGCAGGUCUGGCCCUUGAGCACUUUGCCAUUGCGGGAACUCCUGGCGCCUGGCUUGUUGACAUGAUUCCGGCUUUGAAAUAUGUCCCAUCUUGGCUCCCUGGAGCAGGCUUCAAGCGUAAGGCUCAGGCAUGGAAGAAGAACCUCCAGAACACCGCCGACAUCCCAUAUGCAUUUGUGCAACGGCAAAUGAAAGGCAAACAACCCGAGCCCUCCUACUUGUCGAAUCUUUUCAAAGCCGACGGGAUACCAGCUGCUGGCACGGAAGAGGAAGUCGUCGCAAAAUGGACAGCAGCAUCGCUGUAUACCGGCGGUGCCGAUACCACCGUUUCCUCCGUUGCAACCUUCUUCCUGGCCAUGACUUUGUACCCGGAGGUCCAGCGCAAAGCACAAGAGGAGAUUGAUCGCGUCCUGGGCGCUGGCCAGCUUCCCAAGAUGGCAGACCGCGCUAAUCUCCCGUAUAUCAAUGCUGUUGUGAAGGAAACUCUGCGUUGGCAUCCGGUCGCGCCGAUGGGUAUUCCGCACAUGUCUAAUCAAGACGACAUGUAUGAAGGAUAUCACAUCCCCAAGGGCUCUUUGAUUAUGCCCAAUAUCUGGGCGUUGACUCAUGACCCCGAGGUAUACCACGACCCGAUGACCUUCAAGCCCGAACGCUUCCUGGGUGUCGAUGGCAGAGAGCCCGAAACAGAUCCCCGCAGUGUUGUAUUCGGAUUCGGACGUCGCGCGUGCCCGGGUCGUCUUUUGGCCGAAAACACUGUCUAUUUGAGUGUUUCGCGGUCGCUGGCGGUCUUUAAUAUCGGCAAAGCAGUUGAAAAUGGGAAAGAGGUGGAAGUGAAAGCGGAAUUCCAGCCCGGCGUGAUCAGCCACCCGGUUGCGUGGAAAUACGAUAUGAAGCCUCGUAGCCCUGCGCACGAGGCCUUGAUUCUGUCUGUGGAGAAGGAGCAUCCCUGGGAGGAAAGUGAUGCCGCGGCACUGAAAGUUUGA